UGGUAGUUUCUUUUAUUUAAUGGUUGUAGCUUGACGUUCUGGGCAUCACUGGGCAUUACAACAAUUUCUUUCAAUAGUGGAUUUAGUAAUCAUCUAGUAUUAGUUUAACGUUUCUGUGAACUAUAAGUGUAUUUCUUACUACUAGAUAUGGAUUUGACCAGUAUAUUGCCUGCACCUGUGCAGUCUGUAUGGGACCGUGAUGACGAGAGGAAACAAAGGGCUCUGGAUAAACCAAGCAAUGUCUUGGUUGUGGCACAGCCCAUAGCGCCUCCAUAUGGACAACGCAGAGGCUGGAUACCGAGGUAUCCAACAGACUAUGGAGAUGGCGGUGCGUUCCCAGAAAUCCACGUCGCGCAGUAUCCACUGGAAAUGGGACAAAAGGGUAAAGAAUCCACAUCAAAUGCAUUGGCGGUGCAGUUGGACUCUGAAGGAAAAGUGAAAUAUGACGUAAUCGCGAGGCAAGGACAUGCAAAAGAUAAAAUUGUAUAUUCGAAAUUGUCGGAUCUGCUGCCGGUCGAGGUUAUGGACGAGAACGAUCCGAGCUUAGAGAAACCGAAUCAGGAGGACGUCGAGGAUGUGACGGAGAAGACGAGGCAGGCGCUGAUGAAGAUCACGAACUCUAAAAUUGCUGCUGCGAUGCCGGUGAGGUGUGCUGAACGACAGGGACCAGCGGAGUUCAUUAGGUACACACCGUCUCAGCAAGGCGCCGCCUUCAAUUCCGGUGCGAAACAAAGGGUUAUCCGUUUGGUGGAAGCACAGGUUGAUCCCAUGGAGCCUCCAAGGUUCAAGAUCAAUAAGAAAAUACCUAGGGGACCACCGUCGCCGCCGGCUCCCGUCCUUCACAGUCCAACGAGAAGGGUUACCGUUAAAGAACAAAAGGAGUGGAAGAUCCCACCUUGCAUAUCUAACUGGAAGAACGCCAAAGGUUACACCGUGCCAUUGGAUAAGCGUUUGGCCGCCGAUGGAAGGGGUUUGCAGCAGGUGCACAUCAGCGAGAACUUCACUAAACUGGCUGAAGCUUUGUAUAUAGCUGAUAGAAAGGCUCGCGAAGCUGUUGAAACGAGAGCUCAGCUGGAAAGGAAGUUGGCACAGAAGGAUAAGGAACAAAAGGAAGAGCAUUUGCGCGCGUUGGCUCAAAAGGCCAGAGAUGAAAGGGCGGGUAUUAAGAGUCACACAGCUAACGAGAAUGAGAGGUCGGUCAAUGAGGAUGAACGUGAGAGAGAUAUGUUGAGACAGGACAGGCACAAAGAGAGGGCAAGGGAGAGGAAUCUGGCGAGGGCGGCGCCGGAGAAGCGGUCAAAAUUGCAGCGCGAAAGAGAUCGUGACAUUUCCGAGCAGAUCGCACUCGGAAUGCCAGCCAGGGGACAGGCGAGCGAAGGUCAAUUUGAUCAUAGGCUGUUCGGCCAAACACAAGGUUUGGGACAAGGUUACUGGGAGGAUGAUGGUUAUAACGUAUAUGAUAAACCAUUCAGGGAAGGUGGCACAAUGGCGAAUAACCUGUACAGACCUUCCAAAAAUAUUGAUAAGGACGUCUAUGGUGAAGACCUCGACAAGUUGGUGAAGACAAAUCGCUUCGUUCCGGACAAGGAAUUCAGCGGCACCGAUCGCAGCGGAGCGGGCAGAUCUGGCCCCGUGCAGUUUGAGAAGGAAGAGGAUCCGUUCGGUUUGGAUCAAUUCUUAAGUCAGGCGAAGAGGGCCAGUAAACGCAAGGAACCUGAAAGAACUAGGGAUGACAGGGACAAGAGAAAACGACGUGAUUGAGAGACCAGCUGACAUUGUAUAUACAAUAAAUAUGAUUUCUUUUUUAUAUAUAGACAACGUGUAAAUUAAUUAAUUGAUGUACGAUUUAGUUUUUUUUUAAUACUUUAUUUCUUGUUUGUUUUGUAAUCGUUCGUAUUAUUACAAUGAUCCGAACUUUUUAUUAUUUUUUUAUUAUGUAAAAUAUAUAUUACAUCGAUCAUUGUAUUCCACAAAUACACCAUAAACGUUUA